AUGGACCCAUCGGUCGAGAUGAGCCCGACCACGUCAAAGCACAAGGGUAAACUUGGCGGAACGGCAUCCCCUGUCGUGUCUGGAUCGGAGAAGUACAUGAAGCAGCUCCAGUCGCCGUCGGUUCGCAAACUGUUUAGCGAGAACCAGACUGUUCAAAACCUGCAAGUGAUUCACAAUCUGAAAAAGAACUACCGUCAUCGCAAGCUGUUUGAGAUCUGGGCGUUCGUCGUGGCGAUAGUCGGUCUUGUGCUGAUGCUGGCCGAGAACGAAGUGUUAAUGGUAGCCGACGCCUCGUCGACGCCUCUGUCGGAGGCACUGAAGACAGUGGUGUCGAUUUCGACGGCGAUUCUUCUCAUACUGAUCGUGUGCCGGUACCAGUCCCACACGAACAUCUACAAGCUGCAAAACAUUAUUCCACCCACCGCCUCCAUGCUGUCUGUUUUUUGGCCGGUGCUCCUUCUCGAGUUGAUCGUGUGUGGGUUCCAUAUUCCCCCGUACCUGUCUGGAUCGCUUCCGAUCCUCCAGUUUCGCCACUCCCUUGACUCGAACGAGAAUGCCAUCUGUCGUCAUCCCAAAAACCUCACGACCACAAUCCACGAUAACGCGUGCUACCUGUCGUACAGCUACAACUACGAUGUCUUUGGUGUGUUCAUGGUGCUGCGCCUCUACUUGUUUGGUCGGUACAUGCGCAGCUCGUCGCCGUUGUACUCGCAAUGGGCAGCCUUCAUCGGAACGUUGAAGAAUGUCAAUGCCAUGAGUCCGUUUUUCCAUUUCAAGGCCAUCUUCAGCACCCAACCGGCCCGCCUCGUGGCGCCGCUCCUCGUAUUUGUCACUUUCGUCACCGCCGCCAUCAUUCGAAUUCUCGAAGUGCCCGCGCAGCCCGUCCUGUUGAACUACUGGACGGCAGUCUGGAUGACCACUGCUUCCAUCACGUCUGUGGGGUACGGCGACUACGCUCCCGUGACCUAUGCGGGCCGAGGGUUCCUGACCUGUAGCGGCAUUCUCGGAGGGCUCCUCAUCUUGUCGCUGGUGCAGUCGAUUUUCUUUGGCGCGCUCGAGCUCACCGACAACGAAUCGCGCGUCAAGUACAUUAUCGACAAGACUCGUUGGGACAAGCAGCGUCGGGAAGCUGCCGUCAAGUUGAUCCAAACGCAGUACCGGCUCAAGCGGCAACUGCAUCCACGAAAUGGCCCGGUGAACCAACGUGCCGUCGACAACCUGUCGCUGCACCUGUUCGAGUGCAUGGAGGCGAUGCACAAAUUUGUACGGGGCGAACCGCGCAACGCGCGCACGUUCGAAGAAGAAAUGGAUGGACACAUUGGGAGUCUCCUCCGCGCCAUGGACGACAUGAAACGCGACGAAGAUGCCAUUCUCCAGCGCAUCCAAGACAAAACGCGCCGGCUCCAUGCCGCGUGCGACGACAUCUUGGCGUCGACCAUGUAG